CGUGUUUAAUCGACGCUUGCAAUAAGAAGUACGUCAUUCUUCGAACUGGUCACUGUUCCCGACAGAUUGCAGACUUUGUGGGAUUACUGAUUUCGCUUCUCAGUUUUAUCCAUCAUUGAGAGGCGCAGGCCGUAUCAUCGUUUAAGAUGAAGGAGUUUCUCCUCGCGCUAUGCGCGAUUCUGGCUGUGGCCACAGCCAGAGUGGUGAUAAAUGCAGAAAUUCAAGAGACUCCGCUUGUUUUGGGAGCCAAAGCUUGCACAUGGGGACCGUCGUACUGGUGCCACAAUAUUUCAACCGCAGCAGGAUGCAAGGCGACGAAACAUUGUAUCUCUAAUAUAUGGGAGAAAAUGGAAGUUCCCGAGGAUAGUGACAGUGUCUGUAAGAUCUGUAAAGAUAUGGUCCAACAAGCACGAGACCAGCUGGAAAGCGAUCAAACGCAACAGGAUUUGAAAGCCGUUUUUGAGGGCAGCUGUGCUUUGAUUCACGUUAAAUCAAUCGUCAAGGAAUGCGACAAGCUGGUCGAUCAAUUUAUUCCCGAGCUCGUUGAAACUUUGGCUUCACAGAUGAAUCCUUCUGUUGUUUGCUCGGUAGCAGGACUUUGCAACUCGGCCCAUAUCGAUGAAUUACUCUUGGAUUAUCAACGUACAGUUGCGGAGAAUGGAGGAGCGAUGCCGAUAACUCUUGAAAACGAUGAACUUAAGCCAGAUGAAUGUUCGAAAUGUUACACCAUUGCUACACAUAUGGGACAUAUGUUGGAAGAUACCUCCAAAGAUAAACUCGUGGAAAGAAUGCUCAAUGUUUGCGGAGAGAUGAGCUCUUUCUCCGACGCAUGUUCUUCCAUUAUUUUGAGUUAUUUUGAUACGAUUUAUUCUCAUCUCCAAGAGAACUUCAACGCUAAAAAUAUUUGCCACCUCUCUGGACAAUGCAGCGCCCUGUAUCAUAAACACGAGGACGAGAAUAAGGACUUGGAAGUUGAAAUACGACCACUUUCGAGUGUAGGAAUGGUUGAAGUAAGCGAUGACCUACCCUGCAAACUGUGCGAACAAUUGGUGGUACAUUUGAGAGAUCUGUUAGUAGCAAACACAACAGAGACUGAGUUUAAACAAGUACUAGAAGGUCUUUGCAAGCAAACCAAAUCGUUUGCUGAUGAGUGCAAAUCUAUCGUCGAUGAAUACUAUCCAGUAAUAUACGAGUAUCUGACGGCUAACCUGAAUGGCAAUGCCGUCUGCGAGAUGGCUGGAAUUUGCCCAAUGCCUGGAAAAACGGUUUCUAAUGGACCUAUUUGGCGUCUUCUUCCAAAGAAAUCAGCUGAGAUCGGAAUUCGUGUGAUGAACCCAAAGAAGGUUAACGAUGAAAGUCAGCAAAUACCCAAAGUAACGGAAGCUGAUGAGAUGCAAUUGCCAAUUGAAAGAUUGGUACCAUUCCAUCUAUCGUUACCGAAUAUGGACGUUAAAGGCAAAGAAACGUGUGCGUUGUGUGAAUAUUUCUUGCAUUAUGUACAACAAGCAAUUACAAAUCCUACUACUGAGGAAGAGAUGAAACAGGUAUUUAAAAAGGUCUGCAACAAAUUACCGAAAUCGAUAGAUCAAAAUUGCGACGAAUUCGUUGAUGUGUAUGGAGAUGCACUGGUUGCGAUUUUGGCACAAGAAAUCGCUCCUUCACAGGUAUGUCCAAUGAUGCAUGUAUGCCCAUCACAAGACGCAAUGGACGUGUGGGAACAAAUUCCUAAAGAUCUGAUGAUUAAGACCGAAGUAGAAGAUAAACCAAGCUGUCCAUUGUGUCUUUUUGCUGUAUCUCAACUGUAUAACACCAUUAAAGAAAACAAGACCGAGGCUAGCAUAGAAGCUGCGUUGAAUAAACUUUGUAACCACCUUCCAAAGGAUUUGGUUGAUCAGUGUGACCAGUUAGUACGCAUUUACAGCAAAGAACUCGUUGAAAUGCUACUUGCAGAUCUGACGCCUCAAGAAGUGUGCGUUUACUUGAAAUUGUGUAAUCCCGCCACGAAUGCUGGCCCCACGAACCUAUAUUUCCCUCUCGACAAAGACGGAGAGAUAAUGACUAAUGAGAUUCCUGAUUUCCCGUUGAAUCCAAUUCAACACGAAUCUGCAGUGACCGAUACUGAGUGCGUGAUUUGCGAAUUUGUGAUGCAAUACGUCGAGAAAGCUCUAAGAAAUAAAAAAACACAAGAGGAGAUUGAAUCAGUCGUACAUGGUGUAUGCAAUCAUCUUCCCAAAACCGUUUCUCAAGAAUGCAACGACUUUGUAAAAGAAUAUGCCGAGCUAAUUAUUUCUUUAGUGUCCCAGGACAUUAGUCCACGAGAGAUUUGCUCGAUAAUCGGAUUAUGCCAGCCUAAUCUUAAACAGAUUGAAGAGUCUAUUUCUGAAUGUGCCUUGUGUCAAACCAUUACAUCUAAGAUCGAUAAACUACUCGACGAUUCAACCGUGGACAGUGACAUUGAGGAGACGGUUUCAAAAGUUUGCAAAUAUCUUCCUGGCAGUAAACAGGCCAAGUGCACAAUGAUGAUGGAGAUCUAUGAGCAAAGUAUAAUCAACUUGCUGAAGUCCCAUGGAGAUCCUAAAAAAAUUUGCAGCAAAUUAGCAUUGUGUUCUACCAGAGACUAUUUGGCCAUGAAAGAAAAUUCUAGGACUAGACGAUCGGAUGACCUCGGCGCCAAACGUUGCACUUGGGGACCCAUGUAUUGGUGUUCGAGCGAUAAGACCGCCACACAGUGCAAGGCUGUAGAUCAUUGCAAGGAACACGUAUGGUUCGCUGAAUCAGCCGCCGAGGCAAAACGCUUGGCGACACCUCAACCGCAACCCUGAACAUAUAAUAGUAACCGAGAAGCACUAUCGCGGUGUUCAGGUAAUAUUAAGCAAACUUACAUUUCACAUUACUAGAUAACAUUUAUAUAUUAAUAUACUUACUCACUAGCAGAUUACAAUCAAGUAAUUCCUUUACCCAACGAUGUUUGAUACGUAUCUCAUAAUGUCUCUCUCUCUCUCUUUCUUUCUCUCCCCACUAAUUACUGGAAAAAAAAAACAAAUUGCAGUGCACUGUUUACAUCGAAAUUGUAGUGCUAACAACUCGUCGGAAAUAAAGUGACUUUAUUUCAGUUUGGAAUGCUUUUAUACAUCGUAAUGGGUUGCUACUUGUCUCAGAUGGAUAUUAUGAUAAAUUAACUGUUACGGUCUCUUUUGUACUUACAUCUGUUAAAAUACAAUUUCUAUUCGAUUUUAUGAUAAAAAUACCUACAGUAACGGUAAUGUUAAGAUAACUGUGAUAAUGAAAUAAAAAAAUCUUAGAAGUA